AUGUCUUCCCACGUCUUCUUCGACAUCACCAUCGGCGACCGCCCCGCCGGCCGCAUCAUCAUGCGUCUCUACACCUCCGUGACGCCCAAGACGGCCGAAAACUUCCGCGCCCUCUGCACCGGCGAGAAGGGCAACGGCAAGGCCGGCAAGCCGCUGCACUACAAGGGCUCGACCUUCCACCGCGUCAUCAAGAGCUUCAUGAUCCAGGGCGGCGACUUCACCCAGGGCAACGGCACGGGCGGCGAGUCGAUCUACGGGGAGAAGUUUGCGGAUGAGAACUUUGAGAUUAAGCAUACCAGGCCUUUCUUGCUUUCCAUGGCCAACGCUGGACCGGGCACCAAUGGCUCGCAAUUCUUCAUCACCACCGUCCCAACCCCCCACCUCGACGGCAAACACGUCGUCUUCGGCGAAGUCCUCCGCGGCAAAUCCAUCGUCCGCAAGAUCGAAAACCUGCGCACCAACCCCGACGACCGCCCCGAGAAACCCGUCGUCAUCGCAGACUGCGGCGAGCUCACCGAGGCCGAAGCCGAAGCGGCGGCCGACGACGCAGCCACCUCCGCCGUCGCCGACGCCUACGGCGACAGGUACCAAGAUUACCCGGACGACCUGCCCGACUCGCCCUCGGCGACUGAGAUUCUCAGGAUCGCUACGGAUUGCAAGGGCUAUGGCACGGCGGCCCUGAAGAAGGGAGACUUGCCGGCGGCGAUAGACAAGUAUGAAAAGGCUCUGCGUUACCUCAACGAGGACCCGGACCUCUCCAAGGAGCCGGAGAAGACGGGCCAGGAACUUGACAAGCUCCGCUUCGCGCUGCAUAAUAACCUCGCCUUCGUGCACCUCAAGCUCGAGGCCUGGUCCGACGUCAUCGCGUCGGCAACCAGCGCCCUUAACAUGCGCGACCCCAGCGGCGAGGUCAUCACCUCCGGCGACAGGACCAAGGCCCUCUACCGGAGGGGUCUCGCCUACUUGAACCGUAAGGACGAGGAAAGCGCUCUUAGGGAUUUGACCGAGGCGAAAAAGCUUUCGCCGAAUGAUGCGGUGGUUGCGAAGGAGUAUGCUGCGUUGAAGAAGAGGAGCGAUGACAAGGAUAAGAAGAUGAAUGCCGCUUACAAGAAGUUUUUCGCGGAUUAG